UUUUCUUUAUGAUGAUUUCUCUCCUAUUCAGGUUUACCUGACGUGAUAAAUUGACUCAUCGUGGGCCCUCUAGCUCUUGAAGAUUAGUUGGGCCCUCUGCUAUCUGCAAACGGGCCUUCAAGUCCAGGGUUCAAUCUUCCACGCUUCCUGUGCGAGCGGUCACCCGAGGCCGAGGUAAGAAAUGGCGAUAAAGGGGAACAACAGCAGGAACACGAGCGGUGAAAAGAAGGGAGCUGAAGCGGCAGAGUAGGGGUAAAGGUGGGGACACUAGUAUGAAGAAGCUGCAGCCAGAGCGGAAGCCUAAAGGGGGGGAGAAGAAGAAGAAGAACAGGAAGGAGAAGGUCGCGGGAGAUGACAAGACGAAGAAAAAGAACUUGAGUAGGAAGAAGAUGGAGGGCGUGGGCGAGGAUAGGAAUCAAGCGAACAAGAAGAGGAAAUCGAAGGAAGGAGUCACCAAAAAAGAGGAGGCGCAGGAGAAGAAGAGGAGCAGAAACGGGGACAUCGGUUUCUCCUCCUUCAUCGCCGCUGACAAGGAGUCUGGAGGUGGUGGCAGCGCUUCCUGCAGCUUCCCGAUGAGCCGCGUGCGGCGCCUCAUGCGCCUCGAGGGCGGGAACGCUAAUGUCACCAUCAGCGGGAUCUCCUCCGACGCCGUCUUCCUCGUCAACAAGGCAUCCGAGAUGUUUCUGGAGAAGUUUGUCAAGGAUUCUUUUUCUAGAGGGAUGAGGAGGCAGAAGAAAUCCGUCACCUACAAAGAUCUAUCAUCGACCGUCCACUCUAAAAAGAGAUAUGAAUUCUUGUCAGAUUUUGUCCCAGAGAAAGUAAAAGCCGAGGAUGCAUUGAAGGCGAGGGCACUCGUCGUCGGUACAUGAUUCCGCCAAAAGCUUCAAAUGCGAGAGCACAAAGUAAACCCUAUUUUUGUGUGUCAAUCUCUGUACCAUCAUCAGGUCUCCCCCAUGGGAGGAGGGAGUUUUGAUAUGUUGUUGUGUGCGCUCGAGCAUGAUAGAUCGAUAUGUGAAAUACUGAGUUCAAGAGCGUUCCUCUUUUA